AUGUGCGAGGCUCGAGAGGUUUUCUGCCGGCGCCCUCACUGCCGCGGCGUGAUCGGGUGGCACAUCCUCCGGCCCUGCGAGACCGCCUACACCACCCUCACCACCCUCGACGAGGCCGCCGCUGCUGAGUGCGGUGGAUCUGCGCACGGAGAAAACAGCAGCUGCAGUCGCGGCGGCGGCAGAACCAGCGGCAGCAGCAGCGCGACGCGGUGGAACUGGGCCGCGUUCACGAGCGGGUGCAAGGUGCCCAAGGUGGUGAGUCGGCGGCGGUGCGAGACGGCGUGCUGCGUGGGUUGCAUGCGACGGGCCAUGGACGACCUGCCAGCGGUGGUCGACGGCGGCGAUUGUGCUGCCACGAUAAAGACUGCAGAGGGUCGGGGCCAGAGCUUGUUUGCGAGGAGGGUGGCGGCGGCGUGGGGGCAGGGACGGGACCUGCUCUGGGAGGUGGGCUGGCGGGAGCAGAGACGGUGGCCGCUGGAGGCGGAGAGAAUGACACUUGGAGAUGUUGGAAAUAUGAGUGAGGAGGUUGUCGAGCGUGAGGCCAUAACGCCAAACAUGGAGCUAAUGGAUGUUCUGCUUCACUCGUUUGACGAUAAGGGCGCGGCAACGGAGCACGCAGCGCAACAAACAGACAUCACAGACGCCGUCUUACCGACACAGCCGCCGCCCAUGCCGUCAAGCAUUACCCAAAACACCGGCUACGUGUCGCCGUCGAUAUUCUUCACUGAAGAGUUUCAGCCAUCGCUCGGCACCUUUGCAUUCGAGCCCUGGACGCCAACACUCGGCUGCUCAGGCGCAGUCGUGGACGGAUAUUUCAACACCACGACAACGGCUCAACCUGGGUCCGCAAACGACAGCAGCCAUGCGGAUUUACAGCUCCUGUUUGACGGACCCGUGCUCGAGCAGGGCGACAAUAUAUGGGAUGCGCUCGUUGGCACUGCGGAGGGCGCUGAGGACUGGGAGGCGACAGUGUCGAAGCACCAGCGACAAGGUGACGGGGACGAGGAGGGCCAAGGGAGCCACAAAAGGCAGCGCUUCGGGUGA